GUAGAAAUAAGUGCCCCACGGCAAAAUGAAAAAAUGGUAGAUAUCAGUGCCACAAUAACCACAUCCACAACUGACAAGAUAUAUGUGAUGGACAAGGUAUCAUGUGCAGAGAUACCAGAUACUUCAUUUGAGAAAUGGCAACCAAAGUGGCUCCCUCUUCUUCCUUCAGCUCCAAGCUUCCACUCCCAACCAAGCUCUCAUCUCCAUCUCCACCACCUCCCACUUUUUGUGCACCAAAGAAAAGGGCAAAUCAUUCAAACAUUUGGGCAAAAUCAGGGGGAGGAGAAGGAGAAGUCAAGCAGGGAGGGAAGAAGAAAUUCAUCACUAAAGAAGAAGAACCAGAACAGUAAACCUUUCGGCGCUCAUUUCUUACUUUGCUUAUGCAUUGGUUAGUUAACAUUUCCCAAGUACCCUUGUUGCUUUCUAAAGUAAAAAACUGUUUCAAUCCUUAGAUAAUGAGAUAUAAUAACAUGGAAACUCAUAAUAAAAUGUAAGUUAGAGGAUCUUUACUGAAACAAGUAAACAACAGCACAAAUUUCAUAGAUCCAUGUAGUCAUCCUCAGGCAAAACCAUCUACCAAGUGCAGGUAUUGGCAGACAGCUGGCGAAAGGGCGGGGGAGAAUCCGAUGAUGACACCCCUUCCUUACAUUAUCAUAUUUGGUAUGUCAACCCCCUUUGUAAUCUUGGCGAUUGCUUUUGCAAAUGGUUGGAUCAAGGUGCCUGUUCGAUGAAAUGAUUGUGAUUGCAACAAGAACAAAGGCAGCAUGAUAUGAAUGGCUACUCUGAUAUGUUUUCUAACCUUCUCAAUCCAAGCAAAGAUGGUGGCUAUAAACAAUUGUUUUGAAUGCUCAUUUAUCAGUUGUUCACAUUUCAGUUUUACCACUUUAUUUGUCAGUGGAUGGCAGAAAUUGCACAGUAGACCUUCGCCUUGUUCAAGGAAAAACUGAAAGGAGGAAAAUCAGGCAUGAAAGGCUCCAUCUACUUAGAUAUCUCCACAGUUAAGCAGAUUUCCACAGAACGUUUAGAUAGAAUGUUUCAUACUUGGAAAAUUGUUUCCAUAUUAUGGUAUUAAGCAUCAGGUGUCUAACUCAUCAAGUCAAACUGAUUAUUGGACUGUUUGAUCCAUCAAUUGGGAUGCCA